AUGUGACAUCUUUGCUUUUGAUUCAUUGGUCUGGCGCCGACAACCAAAUCUGUCUUUGGCCUUUUGUCCCUCUCUCUUUCCCACCCAAUUUAUAAAAGAACCAAUAAACUACUGUACAUGGAUGAUGGCUUUCCCAUUUUCCCACAGUGCAAAUUGCAGAGAAAAAGAAAACAACUUAACUAAUUUACAAGUUACAACAACUGGCUGACGACAUUGUCUGCGUCACCCUAGCCCAGCUGGGAUCGCUGAUGCCAUCUCAAUCGUCACCAAAGCGACUUCAUCUCCUCUAACGAAAUUUCUCUCCUUCUUACUCUCAAACUCUCUCUCUCUCUGUCUCUCAAACCUCUCUCUUUCUAUUCUCUGACUCUGUUGCUUUGAAAACGAAAAAUGAAAUUUCGGAGCCUCAUUCGGACUUGGAUAUGACUCGUACCCUUUUGCAUCCCAUCUCUCUGUUGUUGUCCUCUUUCCUCUUUGUCGUCAAUCUUGGGAUGUGGUAUUUCUGAGUGGUUGAUAUGGUUGAAAGUUUGCUUCUUUUUCUUGUGGGAAAUUUUGGGUUUUUGUCACAAUUGUCCUAAGAUACGUCCUUCUUUGGUUUUAACUUGUUAUCUUCAUCUGGGUUUUGAAAUCAGAACACUUUCUCUUAUAGGUCUUUACCAUAUCAAUCAUCAGGAUCACAAGAGCUUGUGUUCUUAGAAUUAGAAAGCGUUUGGGGUCUUAUUCUUCAAGGGCUAUAGCUAGUUUAGAUGUUAAUAUCUUCAAUCAAUGGGUUAUGUGAUUAAGCUUGACGCUGAUACAUCCUAGGCUCCACCUUUUGGUCUGAAGUAGAUUAAUGGCUAAUUCAUCUGAACCAUCAUCCUCUUUGAGCUUUACUUCAUCAUCCCAUAUAUCAAAUGGUUCAAUAAGCCACAACUUUUCUUCCUCUGGUUCUGAAUCCGUGCCUAGUCUUGAAGUCAUCAGUUUGAGCAAGCUUAGUUCUAAUUUGGAGCAGCUCUUGGUUGAUUCUGGCUGUGAUUAUAGUGAUGCUGAUAUCAUAGUUGAGGGGAUUUCUGUUGGCGUUCACCGAUGUAUAUUGGCUUCUAGGAGUAGUUUUUUCCGCGAUCUAUUCAAGCAAAAAAAGGGGUCUUCUGGGAAGGAAAGCAGAUCAAAGUACUGUAUCAGUGAUUUGCUGCCUUAUGGCGAUGUUAGAUAUGAAGCCUUCUUGGUUUUUUUGAGCUAUGUGUAUACUGGAAAGUUGAAGCCUUCUCCCAUGGAGGUGUCAACCUGUGUUCACAAUGUAUGUGCCCAUGACGCGUGUAGACCUGCUAUUAAUUUCGUCGUGGAGUUGAUGUACGCUUCUUCCAUUUUCCAAAUGCCUGAUCUGGUUUCGAUAUUCCAGCGACGCCUUCUUAAUUUUGUUGGGAAAGCUCUGGCAGACGAUGUUAUCCCAAUCCUUGUAGUUGCUUUACAUUGUCAGUUGAGUCAGCUCAUCACUCAGUGUAUAGAGAGAGUGGCACGAUCGGAUAUUGAUAGCAUCUCUCUUGAGAAGGAACUUCCUGAUGAGGUUAUUGAGAAAAUUAAAAUUCUUCGCCGCAAUUCUCAGCAAGACUGUGACCCAAACAUGCCAGCAGUGGACCCUUUGCAUGAAAAGAGAAUCAGGAGAAUACAUAAGGCAUUGGACUCAGAUGAUGUUGAACUUGUGAAACUUCUUUUAAGUGAGUCUGCUAUAACCUUAGAUGAAGCCAAUGCUCUCCAUUAUGCUGCGGCUUACUGCGAUCCUAAGGUUGUGACUGAAGUGCUUGGUCUGGGUCUAGCUGAUGUUAACCUCCGGAAUUCUCGGGGUUACACAGUACUUCACAUUGCUGUGAUGCGCAAAGAGCCAUCAAUUAUAGUAUUGCUUCUGACUAAAGGAGCUCGUGCAUCAGAGCUGACAUCAGAUGGUCAGAGUGCUGUUAGUAUUUGCCGGAGGUUGACAAGGCCGAAGGAUUAUCAUUCAAAAACAGAGCAGGGGCAAGAAGCAAACAAGGACCGAAUAUGCAUUGAUGUUCUAGAGAGGGAAAUGCGUAGGAAUCCGAUGGCUGGAGUUACAUCAAUAUCUUCCCAAAUAAUGCCUGAUGAUCUGCACAUGAAAUUGCUGAACCUGGAGAAUAGAGUGGCAUUUGCGCGAUUGUUAUUCCCGGCUGAAGCCAAGCUAGCUAUGGUCAUUGCCCAUGCUGAGACAACCUCUGAGUUUGCUGGGCGCUCUUCAUCAAAAGGCUCAAGUGGGAAUUUGAUGGAGGUUGAUUUAAAUGAGACUCCCACUGUGCAGAACAAAAGACUCCAUUCUAGGUUGGAAGCCCUAAUGAAAACAGUCGAUUUGGGUAGAUGCUAUUUCCCUCAUUGCUCGGAAGUCCUGGAUAAGUUCAUUGAGGACGACCUUCCUGAUUUGUUCUACCUUGAGAUGGGCACCUCUGAUGAGCAGAAAAUAAAGAGGAUGCGUUUCAUGGAGCUUAAGGAGGAAGUACACAAGGCCUUUAACAAGGACAAGGCUGAGUUGAACCUCUCUGGGUUGUCUUCAUCAUCCUCCACGUCGUCUCCGAAAAAACUUGGUGCAACUCAAAAAGUUAGGAAAUUGUGAGGGCAUGUAAAUUGUAUCUAUUAAGCCUUCUGAGUACGAACAAAUUUUUUUUGUUUGUUUCAAGGUUACUGACAAAAGCUUAGUAAGUUCUGGCUUUUCUUAUCGGUAAAAUCUUGGCAGAUGCGAAUUGCCCUGUUAACUAAACGAACUAGCAAGUAUCCUAGUUUUGUAA